CGCACCCCUGCUUUCCCUUCCACUCCCCCAAAGCCCACAUACCUUUCACCACCUUACAUACGCUCUGAUAACUUCACUCCCUUCUUGCAAAUCCACUAACAUGCGCCCUCACCUUCUCUCCUCCAUCACCACCACCGCCGCCGCCGCCGCCGACGUCAACACCUUCUCCGCCGCAGGUGCCAUGCCUCCGUCAUCACCCUCUCCCAAGUCCAGAAAACCUUCUUCGAACUCCACCUCGAAUUCCAGCCUCUGCAAGCACUCUCCGUCCGCCACACUCGACCUCCUCAUCCUCAUCCUCGUUCUAUUCUCCGGCUCCUUCCUUCUCACCUCCUACUUCUCCUACAUCUUCCACUCCCUCUCUCUCCUCCUCCCGUCUCUCAUUCUCUCCCAUUCCGACUCCUUCCGCGACUCUCCCCUUCCUUACAUUCUAGGGUUUCUGAUCUUCUUCACAAUUUUGAUUGUGGCAGUCGAGAUCUGCUGCGGUUACAGGUCGAGGAAGUGCGAUAAUCCCGCCUGCAAGGGUUUGAAGAAGGCUUUGGAGUUUGAUUUGCAGCUGCAGACCGAGGAUUGCUUGAAAUCGGCAUCGAAGGAGAUCGAUAGGUUGCCUUGGAAGGGCGGGAACGAGGCCAAUCCCGAUUACGAGUGUUUGAGGGCGGAGCUCAGGAAGAUGGCUCCGCCUAAUGGUCGGGCCAUCUUGCUGUUUCGCGCGCGGUGCGGAUGCCCUGUCGCCAAGCUCGAAGGGUGGGGCCCCAAGCGCGGUCGGCGACACAAGAAGAGUCUGGCCUAUGUGGCUCAUAAUGGAGCAGAUCAUCGCUGACUGCUGCUGCUGGUUCUGCCGUUGGGUUCAACUCGUUUCUCCAUUUUUAUCUUUUUUUGUUUUUUUUUUUGUUUUUUCUUUAAAUAUAAAAAAUUCUUGAAUAUCGGAUGCUCUUCAUCUUCUUCCCAGAAAACAUUACUUGAUCAGAACUUUUUUUUUUUUUUUUUGGGGCCUAUAAUCCUACAGUCUGGCGGCAGAUCUAAUCUCCUAAUAUAUUAAGUAGGAGGACAUUUCCUGUAUCCACAUUAUGAUGUGAGGAGGUCUCCCCUCUUUUUGUGGAAGGGCAUUUUACGCAUUUUUAAUGCCAAUAAAUAUAAUUAAGUAGCAAGUGGAUGUUCUUUGCUUAUUA